UUCUGGGCUUCGGUUUGCCAUCUGGUAACACUGCACACGCAGACCGAAGUCGGUAACUGUGGUUAAUAUGACAAUUCACAAUUUGUACAUAUUCUCUAAAAAUGGAACGUUAUUAUAUUACGCAGAAUGGAAUAGGUUGAACAGAUCUGGAAUCACAAAGGAAGAGGAAGCUAAAUUAAUGUAUGGAAUGCUGUUUUCCAUUAAAUCGUUCGUAAGUAAGAUAUCACCAUUGGAUCCAAAGGAAGGGUUUUUGUAUUAUAAAACCAGUAAAUACACGUUACAUUAUUUCGAAGUCCCGUCUGGAUUAAAAUUUGUGUUGAAUACUGAUAAUGCUUCACAAAAUGCUAGGGAAUUAUUACAGCAAUUGUACAAGGAGGUUUACUUGGAAUAUGUUGUAAAAAAUCCUCUUUGCCAAUUAAAUGAACCCAUUCAGAGUGAACUUUUUAAACUAAAAGUAGAUGAGUUGUUUAAAAAAUCUCCCUUAUUUUUAAGCAGAUCAAUUUAAUUUAUAAUAUGCAUAAGGAAUGUAAUGUAUGUAAAUAUAAGAAUAAUUUAUAAAACCAUUUAGUCUUCCAAGUCUAACUAACGAUCCAGUAUUAUUAUUGAAUAUCUGUA